AUGUUUCUACUUAUUAUCAUAGCAAUUAUUUCCUAUGUGAGUUAUCGAAUAUAUCGAAGUACACUUUCAACUCCAAAUAUCGAUUCACAUGGUAAAUAUGUUUUAAUUUCGGGAUGUGAUACUGGUUUUGGUUAUCAAUUAGCUAUUGAACUCGAUAAACAAGGUUUUAAUAUUCUUGCUGGUGUUUAUUCUCGAGAUAAUAUUCUUUCGUUACAUAAUAAACUUUCAUUUAAUGCAACUGUUUUUCAUCUUGAUAUUACUAAUCAGAAUAGUAUUGAUACUGCUUUCGAUAUAGUCACUAAAAAAACCAAAGUUCUACAUGCACUUAUUAACAAUGCUGGAAUAAAUGAUGGAUAUUUUAUUGAUUGGACUUCCAUAGAUACAAUGCGUAAAGUAAUGAAUGUGAACUUUUUUGGACAUGUUGCAAUGACAAAAAUGUUUCUUUCAUUACUUAUUGCUAAACGUGAUUCUCGUGUUAUAAAUAUGGGUUCAAUGUGUGGUUAUAUUAGUCUUCCAGGUUCUUCUGCUUAUUGUGCAUCAAAAUAUGCAUUAGAAUCAUUUAGUGAUUGUCUUCGACGUGAAAUGGCUUCUUGGGGUCUACAUAAAAAAAAAAUACGAAAUUCAUGGAAUCAUCUUUCAACUGGUAAUCAACAACGUUAUGGAGAUUACUUUUUGAAUAAUACAAUUUUACAAUCAAUCAAUAGUGGAAUAGUGAUCAGUGCAGAGAAUCCAGAUAUAGUCAUACAAGCAACACAACAUGCUGUAUCGAACACGAAACCUUUUAUUCGAUAUCGUCCAGGAUGGCAAUCAAAAAUGUUUUUUCUUGUCUCUCAGUUAUUUCCGAGCGAUAUAAUGGAUAGUUUUUUGACUAUGGGACCAACUUUAAUUCCUGAUGCUGUGCAUAAGCAACUCACGGACUAG